UUAAGUUUGUUUGUGCCAGAUGUGAACCACCUCGUUUCCCUUGAACCCCGGCUUGAACCUUCUCUCUGGCUUUGUCCUGUUUUUGGCUUUGAGAUUGAAGACCAGACGCUAUAAAGCGCUAUGCUAUCAAGAAUCAACUUCAUCGCAUUCUUACCUUACUCUGUCUCGACCUCCUAGUUUUCCUGCGCGUUGAUCGCCUUGCCAGUUUUAACAUCUCACUAUCUCCUACUCCUAGCAUUUUUUCCACAUUGACCUCAACUUCAUCCGUUCACUAUGUUUACUCCCGGUGCCGAUAUCCCAGUUAACGUUAUAGUCGAACUAUUGAAGACAGCAGUACAAUCUCAUCGUCCCUCAAAAAUCAUUCGGGAAACACAGGACAUUCUCUCUGACGAAUACCUCACCAGUUUACAAGUGUUUCUUUUUUCGGUAAAACCAGAAUGGGCUAAAAUGCCAGAUCAAAUACAGUCACUCGGACAGAAUGCUUGCGACAAAGCUGCUGAUUCAAUGGAAGGGAAAAGAUUCUUUCUCGCUACUUAUUUCUCCGCUCGUAAGGCCAGGGCGCUUGCGAAGAAGUACCGCAGAGUGGUCAAAAGAAAUAGCACCUCUUUGGAACUUCAGCUUGCCAGUGAAGGUUAUAGUUUUGUACAGAUUAGAAAUUUGAAACUGGAAGGGCUCAAUACAGCGUUGAAGAACGCCCGCAAGGAUUAUCUCGAGAAACAAGAAAAUACCGUGGACCCGUCAACUAUCCCUUCCAAGUCGACGGGCCAGCCUUCAGCCAAUCUCAAAUCUGUUGCUUCUCCCGGUCUUGACGAAUCUUAUCACACACCGACCACCCCUGUUACAAAGCCUUCAAUGAUAUACGAUGCCUCUACUGCUACUGCCGUUGUUUAUCAAGAAGCAACAGUCGAAAACCCAGUCUUAAUUGCUCCCGCAGAAAUGUUUUGCUGCGAAGGCGCAACUUUGCCCAAAGGCGCUGCGAUCGUCGUUCUCCAUGGAACGUCAUUUCAACCCAAGCUCUCAGUAUCGGAUGAUGAACCAAUCAAGCCAAAUAAUACCUCGGAACAAGGUCCCGAUUUGAAGGCUGAAAUACAGAAAAAUAUCGAUGAUGAUGAGAAACAGCGUCUGAUUUCCCUCGCCCGAAACCUGGUACAGGUUGAGCUGCGACAAGCCCAGUCUGCCGCCGAAACCGAUAGUCACGGUAGUGAUAACACGGACAGCAAUUUUAGCUCUUCACAAGAAUGUAUGGAGGACUUCAAAGCUUUUCUCCAAGUUGCUUUAGGACAAGAUGUUUUCGUGAACAGCGAUUAUUCUUCUGGUGUCGGAGAAUACUAAGUGGAAUAUGAAGAUGUGUACUGGACAAAUGAAGAGUCUGAUAGUACAGUAGACUUGCGUACAAGCUGUAGACCUCCUAAUGGUGAAGGACUUUGAUAUGAGCCAGUGAACGGGAAAUCGCAUCACCUUCCUUUUCAUUUAUGUUUCAAUUAUAUCAUUACAUCGCUCUCACGUUCAAUAUUACA